AUGUCCAAUCGUAGCGAGAGUCAAAAACGAGCAGCCGAGACUGCUCAGGCUGUUCCUCGUGCUAAGGGCAAAGCUGCUGCCGGCAAUCCGUCCGAGGUUCCAGAAAGUAUUGGGGCUAACGCCGGCGGAAUGGGUCCUUUUUCCCGCUCUCGCUGGACGCAAAAAGAAAGAGAUUAUUUAUUGCUUCAGAUCUGUCUCCAAGCAGGAGGGAAAGGUUUCGCCCCAAAGUGGGAAGCUAUAGAUGUCCCUGGUCGUACCGAGAAAGCUCUCCAGAACAUUUGGGGCGAUAUUAAGAAGUCUGCUGCUGAGCCAAUUGCACAUGCUGGGGAAUCUAAGGAAGACGAUGAUAGCAAUGACAACGGUAAUAACGCCGCUGAGAAAGCUGGAGAAGGUGCCAUUCAGAAGAAACCGAAGGUCGCUAAGAAGGUUGCCGUCAAGGCUAAAGCCAACGAGGCUAAGGGUGAUGCUAAACAAAAGCUUGUUGUCGAUGAUGCUGGUUAA